UUCUUUUCUGUUAAGAUACUUACACGUAUGGCUUUCAUGUACUUUAUACAAGACUGACUCAGUAGUUAAAUGAUCUAAUACAAACAAACCACCCUCACAUGAGGCCCAUCAAUAGUAUUAGUUUGCAUACUGUGCUAAAUAACUUGCUUGACUGUACUGUAUGUGAUAUUCACCGAUAUGUGUUUGGGUGCAGACAUGAUGAAGGUCUCACAUGGGUGCCAACUGGGCAUCGCCACCCUGGUGCUGCUGCUGGAACUGAUCACGGGUCAGCUGUGCAGGUCUUUCGUCUUGUUGGUGGACGGCUUCCACACGCUCUUUGUCCUCAGUCACAUGGCUCCCCCUCACCCUCAAAGCGCAGAGAGUCCCUCGGGUUCGAGCGACCCCGCCAGGCCCCUGGCGUGCGGGGCGUCCCACCCUGACGACAGGAGUCGGCCGGUGGGGGUUUUCAUCUCGGCCCUCCUGCUCUUCUCUCUGUGUGUCUCGUGCUUGUUGGAAAUGAUCAGCUCGUCUGUGGAGAUGCAUGCGGUGGCGCGGCCCUGGCUGCUGGUGGCGGUGGGCGUGGUCAGCGUGCUCUACAAGGUCGUGGUGCUCGGGAUGACCCGGAGGCGGUGGGAGGCCGGGGCGGGGGUCCAGGCUGGAGGGGAGCCAGAGUGUUUCAUUGAAAUCAACCACAAAGCCGUGUCUCAGGGGGGCUCCGGAGGUUUGGGCGAGGCCGAGCGAGGCCCGCGUGAAGCCAGCAGAGCUCAGCGCGGGAUGACGGCGCACUCCCUCCACAACGGGGGUCUCGUCUUCUGCAACCCGGCGACCUCGGCAGGAGGAGGCGUGGAUGCGCAGGAGUCGCUGGAGGAGCUCCAGUCGCGCAAAGAAGAUGCUCACGUCAACAGGAAGUCUCUGACACUGUGUCCCCCUUCUGUGACAAUGGUGGUGCAGGGGCUGUCCACAUCAGUUCUGCUCCUGGUCACCGGUCUGGUGCUGCUGCUGGUGGACCCUUAUUACCGGCAUUCCCCGGGACCCUGCAGCCUCCUGGUGUACCUGGAUCCGAGCUUGGCCAUCUUGGCUGUCAUCAUCCUGGUGGCCCGAGCUGUUCCGCAGAUGCACAGGUACGGGCUGCUGCUGAUGCAGGCCACGCCGCCUCACGUGAGCCUGGCGGACGUCAGGGAAAGGAUCGGGAGCGUGCCCGGAGUGGAGGAGGUGCACGAGCUCCACAUCUGGGAGUUGUCCGAUUCCCUCGUGGUGGCCUCGGUCCACGUGCUCUGUCACGCUGCCUUUCCCAUACACAGGUGUACUGAUCUGAUGUCGGGGAUCACCAAGGUGCUGCAGAGUGUCGGGGCGAGCUGCUGCACAGUGCAGCCUGAGUUUGCCCCCUCUUCUGCCCUCCCCAAGAGUCCAGCGUGUACAUCUGCAGUGCCCACCUGCAGAUUGGCCUGUACGAAGCUCUGUGAUGCCCACGUGUGCUGUCACAAAAUUGUGAUGCUUUCGUAACUACAAACAUCAAUUUCAAUGAAGUUGGGACAUUUUGUAAAACGUAAAUAAAAACAGAAUACAAUGAUUUGCAAAUCCUUUUCAACCUAUACCCAAUUGAAUACACUACAAAGACAAGGAUUUAAUGUUCACACUGAUAAACCUUUUUUUUUUUCUUCAAAUAAUCACUGAUUUAGAAUUUGAUGCCUGCAACAUGUUCCAAAAAUUCUGAGACAGGGGCAUGUUUACCACUGUGUUACAUCACCUUUCCUUUUAACAACAGUCUAACUGUUGAAGUUUUGUAGGUGGAAUUCUUUACCAUUCUUGCUUGCAUAUUAUGGACUGCAGAUGAUGAAAUUUCUAACUUCCUGGCAAUUUUACAUUGACAGGCGGCACGGUGGACGACUGGUUAGCACAUCUGCCUCACAGUUCUGAGGACCCGGGUUCAAAUCUGGCCUCGCCUGUGUGGGGUUUGCAUGUUCUCCCUGUGCUUGUGUGGGUUUCCUCCCACAUCCCAAAAACAUGGUAGAUUAAUUGAAGACUCUAAAUUGCCCAUAGGUGUGAAUGUGACUGCAAAUGGUUGUUUGUUUAUAUGUGCCCUGCGAUUGGCUGGUUCAGGGUGGGUGUACCCCGCCUCGCACCCGAAGAUAGCUGGGAUAGGCUCCAGCAUCUGCGUGACCCUCGUGAGGAUAAGCGGUACAGAAAAUGAAUAAAUGAAUGUACGUCGACAUUGUUAUUAAACUGUUGAACUAUUUGCUCACGUGGUUGCAAAGUGGUGAACCUCGUCCCAUCCUUGCUUGUGAAGAACUGAGCCUUUCGGGAUGCUCCUUUUAUACCCAAUAAUGACACUCGUUCACCCAAUAAUGACACUCGUUCACAUGUGGAAUGUUCCCAUUUUUUAUUUUUUAUUUUUAUUUUUUAGCAUUCCUCAACUUUCCCAAUCUUUUGUUGCCCCUGUCUCAGCUUUUUGGGAAUGUUUUGCAAGCAUCAAAUUCAAAGUGAGAGAAUAUUUGCAACAACAACAAAAACUAAUAAUAAUGUUCAUUAGUUUGAACUUUAAAUAUCUUGUCUUUGUAGUGUAUUCAAUUGAGUAUAAGUUGAAAAGGAUUUGCAAAUCAUUGUAUUUUGUUUUUAUUUAUGUUUUACACAAAGUCCUAACUUUAUUGGAAUUGGGGUUUGUAGAAAAUCACGAAUGGACUGUUUUAUUGCUUUGCUAGCUCUGAUGCGCUGAAAACAGCAAGCUAGCAAGGCGCCUAGUAGGUUGUCUCAUUAGGUUUUUGAGUGUGAUCCGUUUGCAAGUCAAUGUAUAAUAACGAGUCUAAUUCAGAAAGUAAGGAAAUGAGAGAGACAUGCUCGGCUGAAUGUUUUUUAACUUGUUUUUUAAACUUGCCAUAACUUGUCUCUCGAUACUAAGAUAAUAAAUAUUCUUAAUGACCUGUCCGGUGUUUGAAGCAGAUACUUUACUUCUUCAUCUCACAUGGACAAACAGAAAUUUCCACAACCCUUUGCCGACGCAACCUCAUUUUACUAUUUUUGUAAUGCUGUAAUUGUAUCUGGUAACUACAGUAUUGUGUGAUACAAAUGCAUCUUGAAAUAUAUUCCAUGUCUACGUGUAAGCGUAAAAAAGUGCAAUACUAUAACAUGAACAUAUGAAAAGCUACUGUUACCAUGAAUUCAUUGAAAUAACCACUUGAA